AUGGAAGAAGUGGCUCUCGCAGCUGGUAACGGGGAGUUUGCAUCUCCUGGGAAUCACACCAGCAAAAACGCCAACGGCAACAUCAUCACCCUCACACUAAAGAAUAACCACAUCAUCGUGGAGACGGAAGAACGCGCUAUGGCAAUGAGUGAUAAUUCGUUUGUGGUUGAAGUACAGCCUAAAUACUUGAAGGACGAUGUGGAUAUUAAUACUGGGUCUAUUGAUGAUAUUACGGGGAGAGUUACUGAUCAGCAAGCUCUGGUUCAUCGAGAAGAAAUCCCUGAGGAUCGUUCUUUAGCCAGUCGUGGCUCGGUAAACCACAGUUACCGCUAUGGGAAUCAAAUGGAGUACGAUGCUGCCCAGUUAGGAUAUAUGUAUGAAGGCAGUAAUUACAUGAAUGACCUCGUGUCUCGGGACUUAGAAGGCGUAUCCAAGUGGGUGGAAUUCGAUAAAUCACCUGACACCGAGAAAACACUCUUAAACGAGUGCGACAACUCGAACCUGGACAAAGACAACAAUGAAUACAAAAAAUUAAACAAUCUCGACAGUUCGUUAGACUCGAAUUCAUCUCUGGAGCAUCAAGAUUCAACAGACGCGAGUAAUUCAACUGACACCGUCAGAUCAAAUCCAAAUUUGCAAGUUAACGGUGCCACUCCAAAUAAACUCGAGAGUAUGGAGCGUAAAAGUUUGAUCGGAGAUUAUGAUAAACUCGAGCACAGCCACCAGACUUGUAAUAACACCAAGCCAAUAAUCACCGGGGCGCUUUUCAAAGAUGAUAUGCACGAGGAUAUUAAAUUAUCAGUAAAUGAUAAUAAUAUUAAUAACAAAUUUGGUAACGGUACUCUAUUAUCCCCUUCAGAGUUGAAUAAAAAUUUAAAAACGGUCUGCGGUGACCAGAAACCCGAGGGCAGUGUUUUCGUGCCCUGUCAUAAACGUACCAACAGCAUUCCACCCCGACUCAUCGAGGACACCCUCGAUAUCGAUCGCAAGAAAGGUAUCGACAUAUACAGUCAAAUAAAGACUAGUAUACUCCCGGGUUUAACUCCCAAGUUUGAAUUAUUACAAAAUGAAGUUAGUCCAAUUGACGAGAAAGAAAGUUAA